GCAUUGGAGGCUACGAAGGCCGCCUGCGCCGUCGGUUGAGCAGGCGCUCUUUGUAGUCAGCCGGCCCACAAUGCUUUCGCUCCGCGCGAGGGCGUUCUGGGUGUCUGAGGGGAGGCUAAAAAGCUUGGCAAAUGGCGGCCUCGGGGAAGGUGGCUAUUUUCCGCCUGCCGGUCCUUCCUACCAUUGGAGAGAUCAUCAAAUUGUUUAAACUGAAAGCCUCGAAGCAACUGUCCCAGAACUUUCUGUUGGAUCUGCGCCUCACAGAUAAGAUAGUAAGGACUGCUGGUAAUCUGAAGGAUGUUUACGUGUGUGAAGUAGGCCCUGGGCCAGGAGGAAUCAGUAGAUCCAUCUUAAAUUCUGGUGCUGCAGAAUUGUUAUUAAUUGAGAAAGAUUCUCGUUUUAUUCCAGGACUCAAGUUGCUGUCUGAAGCAGCUCCAGGAAAAGUCCGUAUUCUCAAUGAGGAUAUUUUAACAUAUACAUUCAAUGAAGCUUUUCCUAAACAUCUUUCAAAGAACUGGGAAGAUGAUCCUCCAGCUAUACAUAUUAUUGGAAACCUCCCUUUCAGUGUCUCAACUCCACUAAUAAUCCAGUGGCUUGAGAAUAUAUCUAAUCGAGAUGGGCCUUUUAGUUAUGGUAGGAUACGGAUGACCCUGACCUUUCAGAAAGAAGUUGCAGAGCGACUCACAGCUAGUACAACAUCCAGACAGCGAAGCAGGCUUUCUAUAAUAUCUCAGCACCUGUGCACUGUUAACAAAGGUUUCACAAUUCCAGGUCAAGCUUUUGUUCCAAAGCCAGAGGUAGACGUGACACUUGUCCAUUUUACACCACUAGUGGAACCCAAAAUAAAACAGCCAUUUAAGAUGGUGGAAAAAGUUGUUCAAAGUAUUUUCCAGUACAGAAGAAAACAUUGUCAUCAUGGUGCAAGGAUUUUAUUUCCAGAAGCUGACCGCCUUGAAAAAACUAAACAUCUGCUCAUGGAGGCAGAUGUUGACCCAACUCUAUAUCCAACUCAGCUGUCCUUAUUUCAGUUUAAAAACCUUUGUAAUGUCUACAGGAAAAUGUGUGAUGAAGAUCCAGAUCUUUUUGCAUAUAACUACAGAGAGGAACUGAAAAGGAAGAAAAAGGAAUCCAACUUCAAAUGGACUGACAAAGAUUACUAUUUUCUUUCCUAGAAUUAAGCAACCACAAAGUCUUAACGGGUUUUUGGAUUGGACUGAAAUAAAUUUGACUUUGUAUAUAUUCUUCGGUUUUAACCAAAAUUGUACAUGAAAUUUAUAAAUGAGAAUAAGGAUCAUUUUUCUUAAAACUCAAGUCAUACUACUUUGCUUAUCUUCUAAGUGCAAUCAAGUCCCAAGACGAAAUGUAAAAUAACUGAAAAGUAACCAACACCCUCCCCCCAAGAAUAAAACACUCACAAAUCUACCUAUUUCAAUUAACAUUUUACUGUACAAGCUUAUAGAGAAAAUAAAAAUACC